CUUAGUCGUACAGCUGGUGGUAUCAGGGGCGGCUGCAUUGAACUCUCUAUAUAUCUCCACAAAAAAAGGGAUUCGGUCGGCCAAAUCAAAACCACUAUCAUCAAAUCCUCGCGUAGUAUUUCAAAGCAAGCUCAAGAUGGAGAAAGAAAUGGUGAUCGACCUUCUUUUACAGGCAGGCUCGAUCCUGGCACUGAUCUUCAUGUUUUUGUUUAUCUUCGAUAUUCCUCGCAAGACCAUAACCAAGCUCAGCAGCUACCGCAAUCGUGCGAAUUUCCAAGCCAAGCAUCACUUCGUUCGCGGCGCCCAGCUCUUAGCCCAAGCCAGAUCUCCCUCCAAUUCCCGAUCCGCCGCCACCUCCUUAGCCAAGCAAGCUGAAGAAGAAGCCGAGAAGGCCAUCUCCCUGGACUCUAAGGAUGCGGCAGCUCAUAUCCUCAAGGCCCUCGCUCUAGAUGUGCAGGGCUUCAAGACCUCUGCACUCGACUCCUUCAACGUGGCUCUCUCGCCUCUGGCAGUGAAAUCGUUGAGCGAGAUAGAGAAGGGCGAUGCGCUGUUUAAGCGAGCCGAAUUGAGGUUGCGAAUGAAUCGGCGUGGUCAGAUGGACUCGGUGAUCGAGGAUCUGAGUCAGGCUGUGAAGCUAAGUCCCGAUAACGCCCUGACCUUCUGUUUGUUGGGAGAAUGUUAUGAGGGGAAGAAGAUGAGAGAGGAGGCUACAACAGCUUAUGAAGUGGCUCUUAGGUUGGAGCCCAAAUUGGCCGCUGCUCGUGAAGCACUGGAUCGUUUGAACUCGUAGUGCAUUAAUGGCUUGAUCAGAAGUCAAGGAGGUUCGUGGUAAACACAAACAGUGGAUUGGGGAAGUCUUCGCCCUCAAUUUUAGUGGCUUUUUCUGGUAAUUGGUUCUGUUUCUGUUGUGAUCAAGCUCUGAAUUACCACGGGAUUGGCCGAGUUGGUUCUUGGUAUUCCAUGUAAGCCGGUCCUAAGUUCGCUACCUUCGUCAAUAGUUGGGGACCACACAACCUGGUAAAAUGCCUACGAUUUACCCUGAUCCCAUGUAUAAAACUUUCAAGGAUGCGGUGCUUGGGUCCGGGGUUUAACACCCCGGUCCAAACCUUGGAGAGGUAGGAAAAGAAGAGAGUGCAGUUCAUAUAUUUGGCACCAUUGCAACCUGUGCCUGCUACAAAUAUGUCUCUGGUUCUCUGCUAUUCUAGAUUGGCAGAAAAUGGUACACAUCAAGACACACAAGCUCAAAGAUUAUGAAGCUGCAAAUCUACACUUGCCGUUUGAUGCUGAGGAAAGAGUUCACUGUAAUUUUUUGCUUUGUAUGGCCACAGGUAAAUUAACAUAGAAA